AUGGCACCUGCACAGACCGACGGCAUCCCCAUUCGUCUGUCUUCAGCACCCUCUUCCUUGUCGGAAUCGACUCCCACUACCUCCUCGUUUGUGACCACCACAGAUAUCAAACAGUCAUCAACUCCAGGAGAUAUCACUGGUACGUAUCUCUCAGAAUCAGCAGUGCAGAUGACUCCGUCCAACCACCUACACACUCCUGCGUCGGAGUCUAUUACUUCACUGGCAGCUACCAGCGCAAGUACAGAUCUCGACAGCAGCAACAAUCCAAGCACCGGAACCAGUUCGACCCCAGACUUACCUUCUGCGACUUCAAUCAAUGUUGAUACGUCCAUCGCUGUGCUCACUUCCGCUGGACUUACCGUAACCUACUCUGCGACUUUCAUUUCUACGGCUGCUUCAGUAACAGGAAUCCAAACCGCGACCGAGACAGACUCCACAGGUGUUUUUGGUAUCAUCAUGUUCCCAGGAACACAAGUCCGAUCUUGGAAGUUUCCUUGCUUAGUGAGUUGCGAAGAAGGCUUCUCAAUGCAGUCGCUUGGACCUCCGCCAGGUAUCGGACCACUUUCUGGGGGUUUCGGAGGGGGUGGGGGAGGUGUAGGUGGAGGUGGAGGUGGUGGCGGUGCAGCAGGAGGCGGAGGAGGUGGAGGAGAUUCUGGUGGUGGGACGGACAAGUCGAAUCCUGGUAAAGACAACAAGGACAAUAAAAACGACAGCCAGUCCAAGAAGCAAAGUGAUCAAACUAAGUCGGACCCAACCUCAAGCUCAGCGACCAGUUCGGAAUGUAUCACGCAGACAGCAUCCUCCUGUAAAGUCAUCUGUCCAACGUCAGCUAGCGGGGAUAGCUCUUCCGCCUGCUCCACAACAUGUAUCACAAACAGCGGAUGUUCGGUUACCAAUACAGCUACCACAACGACCGCUAGCUGUAUCAACUCGUUUGAAUGCCUCACAGCUUGUUCAACUACCCUUGGCGGACCGCCAGUGGGAUGCUCCACAUACUGUACCGACCGCGGAUCAAGCUCUUCGAGUACGAAUAUGCCACCAGCGACAAGAACUGCUACCGCAGAUUCAGAAGCCACUCUUUGGACUAUUACCAUUGUAACGAAUUUGUUUGUACAUCCAGCAUAUACAUUCGAUAGUGCGCUUGCGUACGCGGCCAUGCAGUCUAUCCAUAACGACCAAACAACUGUUCGGCCUUCGGGACUCACGACAAGGGUCUCUACAAGCUCUGCUGUUAGUACUUCAUCUAUGCCAAGUUCUGCCUUAGAAUCCAGUUCUGUUCCAUCGUCGAAGUUGAGCUCAGUACGUCAGGAGACAAGCAUUUCAAGCUCCACUCUACCUCCAGCACCAGCAAGUAAACAAUCCUCGCUUAAUUCACCGCCGCCUUUUUCUACCCCGCCAACUUCCGAGUCUGCUGUCUCACCUUCACCAACUCCGACAAAGAUCCCAACGACAACGAGUGCUCCACCACCACACGACACAGCCGCGACAUACAUUGAUUGUUCACCGAUAGGUUGCGUAGGAAUUGCUCGAGAUGACGCGAUCAAAUCCAUCAAAUCAUUCUGCAAGAGUCCAACAACACUCAACUCCGCCACCCCAACUGCAAUACAAUCAUUCGAUUUUGAAGGUUCGAAGGUCCGGCCAACACCAAUCACUGGAUCGUUUCCUGAGCUACUAGUCAUUGCCAUUGAGCUCGACACAGAUCCUCGAUGUGCCGAGGCGAAAUAUAGCGUUUCCCCGCCACGCGGAUACGACAAGAGUAUUGUCAGCGGGCCUGAAGGGAAGUGCGUGAAGAUGUUACAGUCUACCUCAGACAGUUGUAACGUAGACACAGUUCUCAACAAGCUUGGAGGAACAGUUACCAAAAAUUGCUUCGCUUGGUCUAUCUUUACAGGAAAUGCACAUGGAAAUUGCUAG